AAUGCAACCGCUGUAAUCACAUCUAAACUGGAUCCUAGUUUUUCUGUUUAAUUUAGAAAUUACAGAUACUGGUUGGAAAUCUUCAUUGAUUCAUAUACUUCUUUUCUUUUUUGGUCAUAUGUGGAAACUCAAAUUUUGGAUUAGGCGAACUCGGCAUCUGGAAUGGCUGUGCAUGAUGAAUGCAAGCUGAAAUUCUUGGAGCUAAAAGCAAAGAGGAACUACCGUUUCAUUACUUUCAAGAUUCAGAACCAACAGGUGGUGGUAGACAAACUUGGUAGCCCUGAUGAAACCUAUGACGAUUUCACAGCAUCUCUGCCGGCAGAUGAGUGCCGCUAUGCUGUCUUUGAUUUUGAUUUCACUACUGCUGAGAACUGCCAGAAAAGCAAAAUUUUCUUCAUUGCAUGGUCACCCGAUUCAUCAAAGGUGAGAAGUAAGAUGGUGUAUGCCAGCUCAAAAGACAGAUUCAAGAGGGAAUUGGAUGGCAUUCAAGUUGAGUUGCAGGCAACAGAUCCUAGUGAAAUGAGCUUUGACAUUAUAAAAGGCCGGGCGCUGUAAACGCUAUUCUUGCGUUUUUACUUCUCCAACAUCCACCCUGUCCUAAGCGUUACAAUUUGUGAGCAUUGCUUGUUUAUAUUUUAAAGAAAUUUUCUUCUCUCAAGACAUUUUCAUUUUUUGGUGUGUGGGUUUUACAAUUGACUCUGUAGUUUAAUGUAAUAUUUUCCAUACAUUUAUGCUAAACACUUUUUCAAUCAUUUCUACUUCGUCUUAGUUAUACUGAAACGAUAAUUUCAUUGCUA